ACGUGAUUCUGGAAGUCAUGUGAUUGUUUUUCACAGUCAAUAUGGCGACCGGAGGAGCAGGAUGUCUUUUUGUUGUCUUGAUAGCAGUGAUCUGCUCAUGUAGGGGAGACAACCCACCUCAAUGGCCUUCCAGCUACCAGCUGACGGCUUUCCUCGAGCUGCCCUAUGCAGAAAUCAAAGAGCCACUCACUGCCUAUUAUGAUGGAGUCAACAACAUGAGCCGAGUAGACUAUUAUGGUGGCACGGUGAAAACUGUUCAACGUCAGGAUGUCAAACCAUACGGUGCUGGGUUUAAGAUUGCACCUAUCACUACCUACAAAGUGACCAAUCAAGUGACCUGCUUUGGGAUGAACGGCACCAGUGAUGGACCAAUCACGAUACAGAGUGUCUUGCCAGACCUUACUGGAUUUCAGAAAGUAGGUAAAAGUAUGAAGCUGGGAGUGGUGGUUGACGAGUGGCAGCUGGUGAGUGUUGUCGGGGAGAAGAAGAACACAUACACCAUGUGGAUUAAUUCUGAUGGAAGUCCACAUUUCUAUGAGAUGAUGGGCUUGGACACCCUUCUGGGUUCCCACUAUGACAAAUACUACGUCAAAUACAACAACUUCACAGCUAACGCCAAGUUUGAUGACAGCGUAUUUGCAGCUCCUAAAGAUAUGACCUGUGGGGACUUUCCCGGCCCAGGUGCCAGUGAACGCCACGUUUUGAUGAAUCCAAUGAAAGAGUACAUGCACCACUAUGACCAGCACGCCCAGGACCUGUUUGGACAAUUCAAAAUUAAACAUGGCCGCAAAUACCAGUCUGUCAAGGAGCAUGCACAGAGGCAACAUCACUUCAGAAAUAACCUAAGAUUCAUCCAUUCCAAGAACAGGGCUGGUCUGUCUUACUCAUUAGCUGUGAAUCACUUGGCAGAUAAAUCUGUAGAGGAACUUUCAGUGAUGAAUGGGUUCAGUCGUACUCCAGGCCAUCACGGCGGGCUUCCCUUUGACAAAACCAAGUACAAUUUGAAGGACACCCCUGUAAGCUGGGACUGGAGACUCUAUGGUGCUGUCACACCUGUGAAGGACCAGGCUGUCUGUGGAUCGUGCUGGAGCUUCGGUACUGUCGGUACCAUUGAGGGUGCUUACUUCCUCAAGACAGGACAUCUGGUCCGACUGUCGCAGCAGGAACUGAUGGACUGUUCCUGGGGCGAGGGCAAUAACGCCUGUGAUGGGGGUGAGGAUUUCAGGUCUUACAACUGGAUCAUGAGGAAUGGCGGUCUAACCAGUGAGGAAAUGUAUGGACCCUAUCUCGCUCAGGAUAGUACCUGUCAUUCAAAGGAGGUAAAGCCAGUUGUGACAUUGAAGAACUACGUGAAUGUCACCAAAGGUGACCUUCAAGCCCUCAAGUUCGCCAUUGCUCACCAGGGACCAGUGUCAGUCGCCAUUGAUGCCUCACACAAGUCUCUGUCCUUCUAUGCCAAUGGCAUCUACUACGAGCCAGAUUGUGGCAACACUGACGACGCCCUGGACCAUGCUGUCCUGGCCGUGGGUUAUGGAACCAUUGGUGGUCAGGACUACUGGCUGGUUAAGAACUCCUGGUCCACGUACUGGGGAAACGAUGGCUUUGUCCUCAUGUCGCAGAAGAACAACAACUGUGGUGUCGCUACCGCAGCCACGUACGUCCUUCUAUAGAGUGCUACGUACAAACAGCCUGCGAAACAGUGCCACAUUGUCUGUAGAAUGCCACAUCCAUUGCUUUAAAGAUACAGCCAUGACACGAAUCACCAUUCAGUUGUACUGCAGGCAUAGUAGAAAGUGGUGCUUUAAAUUUCUGUGAUAUUUCUCCCUUUGGCUCAACAGUAUCACCAUGGCAACUUUUUCAAAUAAGCUCUGUCCUUGAGCUACAAUGGAUAUCUGGACUGUCCUACUGCUGUCAUACAGGUGUAUUCAAAAAUGUUAUAUUCAUAAUAAUUCAAAAUAAUCAAAUGCUCAUUUUUGAUAAAAUAUUGCAAUGAUAUUUUAUAGGUUUUUAUGUAGUUCUUGUUUUUUUCUUCAAAGUAUUUACAUAAUAUAUAGAAGUUGAUGCAUGUCCUCAAAUUUAGAACCUGGAUACCCAGACAUAUAGUUACAAGUAUUCGUUCAUAAAAUGAACACAGUUCAAAUUCGUGAACGUUUAUUUAGAGAAUAAAAUUUAUGUACCUAUAUUCAUCCAUGCGUACUGUCUGGUUCAUUUGGUGCUUUCAUUUUCAAUAACGUAAUGAUGAUUGUGUACUUAUGAAUGAUACAGUCAGGAAAUUAUGUUAUAUACAUCGUAUGAAUGUUUGAUUUUACUUCAUGGUUUUUGUACAUUCCAUUGUGUUUAUUAUGAAAUCAAAGUU